AUGUCUCGAUCCCGCCAUGCAAGGCCUUCCAGAUUAAUCAGGAGGGAAGAUCUAAACAGAAAGAAAAGCAGCCAACUGAAGAAGACAUCUAAGCUAGCCAAUAAAAAUGUGGCAUCAGUCAAGACUGUGAGCCCUGGAAAAGGAGUAAAGCAAUUAAUUCAAGAAAGAGAUGUUAAGAAAAAAAUAGAACCCAAAACACCUAUGCCAGUCAGAAGCCUUUUGACAAGAGCUGGAGCGGCACGAAUGAAUUUGGAUAGGACUGAGGUUCUUUUUCAGAACCCAGAAUCCUUAACUUGCAAUGGGUUUACAAUGGCUCUCCGAAGUACCUCUCUUAGCAGACGACUCUCCCAACCUCCAGUGAUCAUAGCCAAAGCUAAGAAAAUUCCACCUGCUAAGCAUUUAGAAAAGCAACAUGAAUGUGAUUGUAAUGUAGUUACUGACAAAGGAGUGAAACACUCAGAAAAUGAUUCAAUUCCAACCCAAGUUCCCCUAAUUGCUCCUGAUACAGAGAAUCUAAUUGGUGUACAAAAUGCAUCUUUAAUUGAAGGUGAGAGCCAAGAGACAACCCAGUCUUGGUCCCAAAAGGUGGAGGAUACCAAAAUAAAUAUCUCCACUCACAGUGGUCCUGCAGUAGAGAUCCCUUCUGGGUCAUUGGAAGGGACACAUGGUGGUGAAGGACUAUUCUCUAAAGAGACAUUGACUGAUACAAGUGAUUCCCCUAGAAUGUUUGCUCAGGACACUCUGUGUGCUCCUUUGCUCCAAAGAGCAGCCCUCAAGGUUACUUACGAAGGAAACUCCAGCAUUCAGUUAGAAGAUUUGGGUUCACGAGUAGAAUCUCUUAAGCUAUCUGAUUCUUACCUGGAUCCUAUCAAAAGUGAACAAGAUUGCUACCCCACCUCCAGCUUUAAUAAGGUUAUACCUGAAUUGGACCUUAGAAACUGUUUGUCCAUUGGUGGGUCAAUAUAUCCUACCUCAUUAAUAAAACUCCUCUUGGCAAGCUCUGAACAAGAAACGCUUGGUGCUAAACCAGAUAAUCAAGAGGUACUCAAAGCUACCCCAGAUCAACAGGCAAUUCCUGCUACCACCCCUGUCCUAGGACAGGCUUUUAGUGCUGUCCCACAUCAAUGGGAAGUUCCUGGUGCUAACCCAGUACACAGAGAGGCUCUGGAUGAGACCCCAGCCCCACCAGAGAUUCCUGGUGCUAUUCCAGUCCAAGGAGAGGUCUUUGGUGCUAUCCUAGACCAACAAAUCCUUGGGAUGGGUGGCGGUACUGCCUCAGACCCACCUAUCUUUGUUCCUGCUCCGCUAAACCCAAUUGCUACCUAUAGUGUUCUCCCAGAAUGGCCUGAGUCCCAGAGCACUGUUUCAUAUGGGCUUGAGGUCCAGGGAGCAAUGCAGAUUUUGCCUUUGGGCUCAGGUCACACUCCUCAGCCAUCAUUAAACUCUGAGAUAAGUUCGGUACCUCCUGUGAUGACUAUUAGCAAUAUAGAAAAUCAGAAGCAGGUUCAUAUAAGCUUUCUGCCAGCUAACACUCAGGCGUUCACCUUAGCCCCUGAGAGAGGACUCUUCCAUGCUUCACAGGGUAUUACCCAACUCUCCCAGGCUGGUCCCAGCAAAUUGGAAGGAGGGAGCUCCCAGAUCAGCGUGACCAGCAUGGUUGACAUCAAUACCACAGUGGUAUCUAGGCCAGGUUCAAUUGCCAGGGCCUCCCCUUCCUCCUAUACAACUUUGCUACCUACUUUGGAAAAGAAGAAACGAAAGCGGUGUGGGGUGUGUGGGCCCUGCCAGCAGAAGACCAAUUGUGGUGAAUGUACUUACUGUAAGAACAGAAAGAAUAGCCAUCAGAUCUGUAAGAAGAGGAAAUGUGAGGAACUGAAAAAGAAACCAUCCGUCAUUGUGCCUUCGGAGGUUAUAAAAGAAAACAAGAGGCCCCAGAGGGAAAAGAAGCCCAAAGUUUUAAAGGCAAAUUUUGACAACAAACCAGUAAAUGGCCCCAAGUCAGAAUCCAUGGAAUACAGUAAAUGCCAUGGGGACCAACAGAGAUUGGAAUUAAACCCACCUCCCCUUGAAAAUGUAACUAAAAAUGAAGAAAGUAUGACAGGUAUUGAAGUGGAGAAGUGGACGCAAAAUAAGAAAUCACAUUUAACCGAUCAUGUCAAAGGAGAAUUUAAGGCAAUUGUGACUGAAGCUGAAAAAUUGAAAAACUCUGAAGAUGACAAGAAGAAAGUCCUACUCACCGAGUUACCAGAACCUCAGAAAUUGUUUGCACAAACUGUAAGAAAUGGCAUUAAAAAUGUACACUAUUUACCAACCGAGACCAACGUGUGUUUUAAAAAAUUCAGUAUUGAAGAAUUUGACAAGGCAUUUGAAAACAACUCCUAUAAAUUCCUGAAAGACACUGCCAACCAUAAUGCCAUGAGCUCCAUUGCCACUAAUGCGAGCUAUGAUCAUCUCAAGGGGAGAAGUAAUGUUUCAGUCUUCCAGAAGCCCAGCUUUAACUGCAAGUCUAUCCCAGAUCCAGCAAAUUUCAACCUAAAUAGUCAUACUAGUACACACAAUGAAAGUGAUCAACCCAAAUCUCUAGAAAAUAUACCAAGUAAAGAAUCAAAAGAUGGAUCUCCAGUUCAACCAAGUCUUCUAUCCCUGAUGAAAGAUAGGAGAUUAACAUUGGAGCAAGUGGUGGCCAUAGAAGCUCUGACCCAACUAUCAGAAGCUCCAUCAGAAAAUUCCUCACCAUCAAAGUCUGAGAAGGAUGAAGAAACAGAGCACAGAACAGCGAGUUUGCUUAAUAGCUGUAAAGCUAUCCUUUAUUCGGUAAAAAAAGACCUUCAAGACCCAACCUUACAAGGGGAGCCAGAAAGCCUUCAUCACUAUCCAUCUUUGGAAAAGCAAAGUCCAUGCAGCACGGUGGUAUUUAAUGGCCAAAAUAUUUCCAAGUCACACAACAACUCAGCUGCUAACCAAGCAUCUACAAAGUCACAGGAAUAUUCAAAAGUCACAAAUUCAGGAUCUCUUUUCAUACCAAAUCCAAAUUCGUCUAAAAUUGACACCAAUAAAAAUGUUGCUCAAGCUAGAAUUACCCUUGAGGGUUCUAAGAAUUUGCAUCAGUUGCCACCAACAAGUGAUAAAUUGGGGUAUUGUAACCAGUCACUGGCCAGCAGUAAACAGAUAGACUCAAAAGAUGAUCCAUCGUGUCAAGAUACAGUUCAUAGUAAAAUAGAGGAAGAUGUUGCAACACAGUUAACACAACUUGCAUCAAUAAUUAAAUUCAAUUAUAUAAAACAAGAGGACAAAAAGGCUGAAAGUACAUCAACAAAUCUUGUUGCAUAUAAUGUGCAGCAAAAAUGCAGUCAGGAGAAAAUCACAGUACAACAGAAACCACCUUCCAAUGUACAAAACAAUCAUAGCUCAUCAUUAACAAAGCACAAGAACACGACACAGAAAAAGACAAAAUCUACCCCAUCAAGAGAUCGGCGGAAAAAGAAGCCUGUAGUCCUAACUGGUCAAGAUAAUGACCAGAAAAAGAGGGAACAGCUAUCAUAUGAGUAUAGUAAGUUACAUGACAUUUGGAUAGCAUCUAAAUUUCAAAGAUUUGGUCAAUUUGGUCCACAUGAUUUUCCCAUUCUGUUAGGAAAAAUUCCUCCCCUAACCAAAGUAUGGAAACCACUGACUCAAACGACUUCAGCAUUAGAACACAAAAAAUUAUUUCCUCCACUCACUCAGAUAAAAUUUGAGCGGUAUUAUCCCGAAUUAGCACAGGAAAAAACCAUGAAGGUUGAACCUUUGGAUUCUCUCCCAUUAUUCCAGUUAAAAACAGAAUCCAAUGGGCAGGCGUUUACAGAAAAAGUUUAUAAUUCUCAGGUACAGCCAUCCGUGAAUGUCAAUCAGAAAGCUCAUCCUUUACUCCAGGCCUCCUCUCCAACUAACCAGUGUGCUAAUGUAAUGGCUGGCGAAGACCAAACACAAUUCCAGCAGGAUGUUAAAGACCAAGUCAUGCAUCAGAGACUGCCGACAUUGCCUGGUAUCUCUCAUGAGACCCCCCUACCAGACCCAGCACAAAUUCUCAGGAAUGUAAAUGUAGUGUGUUCAGGUGGAAUUACAGUGGUUUCUACCAAAAGUGAAGAGGAUGUCUGUUCAUCCAGUGUUGGAGCAUCAGAAUUUUCCCCAGUAGACAGUGCACAGAAAAGUUUUAAUGAUUAUGCCAUGAACUUCUUUACCAAUCCUACAAAAAACCUGGUGUCCACAACGAAAGAUUCUGAUUUGCCAACCUGCAACUGUCUUGAUCGAGUUAUACAAAAAGACAAAGGCCCAUAUUAUACACACCUUGGGGCAGGACCAAGUGUUGCUGCUAUCAGGGAAAUCAUGGAGAAUAGGUAUGGUCAAAAAGGAAACGCAAUAAGGAUAGAAAUUGUAGUGUACACGGGAAAAGAAGGAAAAAGCUCUCAUGGGUGUCCAAUUGCUAAGUGGGUUUUAAGAAGAGGCAGCGAUGAAGAAAAAGUUCUCUGUUUGGUUCGGCAGCGCACAGGCCACCAUUGUCCAACAGCUGUGAUGGUGGUCCUCAUCAUGGUGUGGGACGGCAUCCCUCUCCCCAUGGCCGACAGACUGUAUACAGAGCUCACUGAAAAUCUGAAGUCCUACAACGGUCAUCCCACAGACCGAAGAUGCACGCUCAAUGAAAAUCGUACCUGUACAUGUCAAGGAAUUGAUCCAGAGACUUGUGGAGCUUCCUUCUCUUUUGGUUGUUCCUGGAGUAUGUAUUUCAAUGGAUGUAAAUUUGGUAGAAGCCCAAGCCCUAGAAGAUUUAGAAUUGAUCCAAGCUCUCCCUUACACGAAAAAAACCUUGAAGAUAAUUUACAGAGUUUGGCUACACGAUUAGCUCCAAUUUAUAAGCAGUAUGCUCCAGUUGCUUACCAAAACCAGGUAGAAUAUGAACAUGUUGCCCGAGAAUGUCGGCUUGGCAGCAAAGAGGGUCGUCCUUUCUCUGGGGUCACUGCUUGCCUAGACUUCUGUGCCCAUCCCCACAGGGACAUUCACAACAUGAAUAAUGGAAGCACUGUGGUUUGUACUUUAACACGAGAGGAUAAUCGCUCCUUGGGGGUUAUUCCUCAAGAUGAGCAGCUGCAUGUGCUACCGCUCUACAAACUCUCAGACACAGAUGAGUUUGGCUCUAGUGAAGGAAUGGAAGCCAAGAUCAAAUCUGGGGCCAUCGAGGUGCUCACACCCCGCCGUAAAAAAAGAACACGUUUCACUCAGCCUGUUCCUCGUUCUGGGAAGAAAAGGGCAGCAAUGAUGACAGAAGUUCUUGCACAUAAGAUAAGAGCUGUGGAGAAGAAAUUCAUUCCUCGAAUCAAGCGGAAGAAUAACUCGACCACAAACAAUAGCAAGGCUUCAUCGCUGUCGCUUUUAGGGAAUAAAACCGAAGCCUUGCACCUUGAAAUAAAAAAUGAAACUGAACCCCAUUUUAUCUUCAAAGGUUCGGACAACACUAAAACCUACUCAUUGACCCCAUCCAUUCCUCACACAUGGAAAGAGGCUAACAUACCUCCAAGUCUCUCCUGGUCCCCUAAGACUGUGUCGGCCACAACAGCUCCUUUUAAGAACGAUGUGUCGUCAGUUUCGUACGGGUUUUCAGAAAGAAGUAGCAAUCCUCACUGCACAAUGCCUUCUGCGAGACACGGUGGUGCUAAUGCAGCUGCGGGGGAAGGCGCUGGAAUUGCACAGCCUGGUGAAGUGGUUCCUCUUCCCACCUUGUCUACUCCCAUGCCAGAUUCCUUGGUUUAUUCUGAGCCUCCCACUGGUCCAUCUGAACAGCUAUCUUCUAAUCAUCCAAACCAGCACCCCCCAUUCACCGCCUCUCCUCAUGACCUUGCGUCCUCUCUGGUGGAAGAAGAUGAGCCACACUCUGAAGCAGAUGAGCCUCUCUCAGAUGAUCCCCUCUCAGAUGACCCCCUGUCACCUGCUGAGGAGAAAUUGCCUCACAUUGAUGAGUACUGGUCAGACAGUGAGCACAUCUUCUUGGAUGCCAACAUUGGUGGGGUGGCUAUCGCGCCUGCUCAUGGCUCCGUUUUGAUCGAGUGUGCCCGGCGAGAGCUUCACGCGACGACUCCUGUCGAACACCCAAACCGGAAUCAUCCCACACGCCUCUCCCUUGUCUUCUACCAGCACAAAAACCUGAAUAAGCCCCAACAUGGUUUUGAACUAAACAAAAUGAAGUUUGAGGCUAAAGAAGCUAAGAAUAAGAAAACUAAGGCCUCAGAGCAGAAAGACCAGGCAGCUAAUGAGGGUCCUGAACUGUCCCCUGAAGUUAAUGAAUUGAACCAAAUUCCUUCUCAUAAAGCAUUAACAUUAACCCAUGACAAUAUUGUCACAGUGUCCCCCUAUGCUCUCACACAUGUUGCAGGGCCCUAUAACCAUUGGGUCUGAAAGCUUUUCUCCCCUUCUUAAUGCCUUUGCUAGUUUUGUGUAUUUUUUCAAGGUGCUGUUAAAAGAAAGUCAUGUUGUCGUUUACUUAUAUCUUCAUCUCACCCAUUUGAAGGCUGAGGUAAAAAAAAACAAAAAAAAAAACAAAAAUGGGGUGGGUAUUUCUUAACUGUGACUAUAUUUUGACAAUUGGUAGAAGGUGCACAUUUUAAGCAAAAAUAAAAGUUUUAUAGUUUUCAAUACAUAAAGAAAUGUUUUGGUUAGGUGUUAACCUUGAUAGAAUCACUCAGUUUGGUGCUUUAAAUUAAGUCUGUUUACUAUGAAACAAGAGUCAUUUUUAGAGGAUUUUAACAGGUUCAUGUGCUAUGAUGUAAAAUCAAGACACAGUGUUAACUCUACACAGCUCCUGGUGCUUACCCACAUCAACAGUUAAAAAUAAGCUGCAUUAUUUUUUCAUGGUGCCAUUGUUCCAACAUCUUCCAAUCAUUGCUAGAAAAUCGGCAUAUUCCUUUGAAAUAAACCAAUGAAAUGUUUUCUCUCAAAAUAUCUCUCCUGUAUAAAAUAAUUCAUUAUUGUUAAUAAUGGUUGGAGGCUGUUCAUAAAUUGUAAAUAUAUAUUUUAAAAGCACUUUCUAUUUUUAAAAGUAACUUGAAAUAGUAUAGUAUAAGAAUCCUAUUGUCUAUUGUUUAUGCAUAUUUGCAUACAAGAGAAAUCAUUUAUUGCUGUGUAGAGUUCCAUCUUGUUAACUGCAAUAUGUAUUCUAAUCAUGUAUAUGGUUUGUUGUGUUCUUUUUUUUUAAUGUGUCCUCAUGCAAAUAUUAGCUACUUAUAAAAUAGUUAGAACAUGCAAAAAUUGUUCAUUUUCUCUAAAGUCGGAAUUAGGAAGCGUAUCACCGAUAUCGAUUAACGUUUUAUUUGGAGCUGAGUAAGAGUGCUCUCUUCUGAUUUAUCAAGCAACAGUGGCCCCAAUUUACUUUCCCUCCAGCUUUCUCAGUAUAAUCAUGAAAGGUUUUUCCAAAAGGAGAUGAAACACAGUAGGAAUCAGAAGAGUCAAAUGCUUCUAAAGUUUCAAGGUGUUCAAAUAUAAAAAUAAAGUAGCAAAAACCCUACCCAUCCCAACUGCCUUAUUUGUUCUUAAAAUCAUUCUGGUACAGAAUAAGAAUAAAAUUCCCGUAGGAAUCUUUUAAAAAUAAAUUCCCUAUCAUCAUCACAUAUCCACACAUCCGAAACAGUAGGAAUGGUAUUGCCCAUUAAUACUAAUCCAAAGUAGUUGAUUUAAGCACAUUCGUUCUAGGAAAAUGAAAACUCAUCUUCUCUGAUAAUUGCCUAUGUUCUAGGUAACAGGAAAAUAGGCAUUCCAUUUAUGUUAGCCCUCCCAUUAUAUAUUCCCAUUAUUUUAUUGGCUCAUUUUAUAACAAAACAAAAAGGAUUGCCCGAGCAAAAUGUUUAGAACAAGAAAUUUCAAUGAAAUACUUGAUUCUGUUAAAAUGCAGAGGUGCUAUAACAUUCAAAGUGUCAGAUUCCUUGGGAGUGUGGAAAACCUAAUUAAUGGUGCUUCUCCCUUGGAAAUGCCAUAGGAAGCCCACAACUGCUAACACUCAACAAUUUUGGUGCAAAAGCAAACAGUUCCAGCAAGCUCUCUAAAGAAAAACUCAUUGUAACUUAUAUUAAAAUAAUAUAUGGUGCAAAGUAUCAGUUUCAAGCUUUUGACUAAUACAAGUAAAGGAAUAUGAAGGGAUUGUAUAUAACAAAUAUCCAUUGGUAGACCAUCAUCUUGUACAAGUAGAUUUCUGCUUCUUGAAUAUGUAAAAUAGGGUGAUUCAUUGACUUGUUUUAGUAUUUUGUGUGCCUUAGAUUUCCGUUUUAAAACAUGUAUAUUUUUGUGAGCCUAAGGUUUCUUAUACAUAUAAGUAUAUAAAUAAGUGAUUGUUUAUUGUUUCUGCUGCUUCAAUAAGAUAUUUACUAGUAUUAGACUAUCAGGAAUACGCCCUUGUGAUAUUUCAUUUUAGAUAUUAGGCCUUAGCUCCCACUAGAAAUUAUUUCAUCACCAGAUUUAAUGGAUCAAGUUUUAACACCCUUUAUCCAUCCAUCCAUCUUCUUACCAUUCAACGCUUACUAAAUGUCUGCAGAAUUUAAAUGUUAGCUUUUGAUUUUCUUUGAAUCGCCUCCCAUGACAAAGUAAACUUGAAGAAUUUAAAUCCUAAAAGAUGUUUUUAUCCAUGGUUUUCAAAGAAACAGCAAGUUUCCUUCAAAAGAAUCCAUUAUAAUAUAUCUGCAGAAAUUCCCAUCAGGGUCACUAACUGAAUAAGUUUCUUAACAACUGAACUUGAAGCUCCAGUGUUGACUUAGGGGAAUAUUGAAAAUUGUGAAGUUGGCUGCAGUUGCCCCAAAAACAUAUAUGAAAAUAUCCCUUCUCAACUAAAAUGUUUUCCAUUCCUUAUUAUAAUUCACACCAUCAAUAGCCUGCCUCAACCGAUAACUCCAUGGUGCGAACCACACGUGAUCCCUACUUUGUUGGACGUUACUUCAUAAGUUUAAAUUAGCAGUUUACCAUCCCUUUGUCUGCCCUGUGAUUUUUUUUUUUAACUCCUGCUUAUUCAAUGUUCUACAGCAUUGUGAUUGUAUGCUAGCAACACUGCUUUUAGACUGCUUUUAUGAAGCAAGGAAAUAAAUUUGUUUGAAAUGACAUUUUCACUAGAAAACUGGUCAUCUAACAUUAUUUCUACACCUCUUAUGUUUUACUGUCACGAUCACCUUUUGCUUCACCUCUCUUACAGCACUCAAAUUGAGUUUUUGAAUCUUCUGCCUUUGUUCAUGGUAUGAUAAUUGAAUUCAUUGAUACGUGAUCCCGUGUUAACCCAACCUGUCCAUAAUAUGUUACAAACUUACUAACUGCAAUGAACUGCCUAUUUUAGAAUCCUACAAUAUAUCACUCUGCCCUUCAGACUCCCAUUUCUAAUGGCUCUCAGGCCAUGGUUGGAAAAAAAUGUUUUCUUCUGCUUAUCAGCCUCACCUGUAUCUUCCAAUCCAUCUACAAAGUACCAAGUACAUCACGUCAUAGACCUAAUUGAAACAUAUUAUUGGAAAGUGAGGCUAGCUGAAAAUGUAUAGCUGUAGGUAAAUUUUUGCAAUAUGUUAGCAAAAUGUUUGCAGCUUACCCUUCUAACAUCUUUGUUAUGCAAUCUGCAUGUGAAAUAAUUUAAUUUGUUAAAUAUAGAAUUUCAACUAGAUGAAAUCCGUAAGCAAUUUACUUAAGACAUAACCCCAGUACAUACUUAAUUGAAUGCAUACCCUUGUGUAAAUGAGAUAACAAUUCAUAUGAAGUAACCUACUUUCUAAUGUUAUUGCUUCAGUGGAUUUGAAUGGAUCAUCAUUUAUUCCACAAUAGCAUGUAUGAAAAUAACCCCAAACUACUUAAGUUUAUUCUUUAAGACAAAUUCUAUUCAGAUUUUUUUAUCUGGGACAAAGUUUUGACAUUGCAUGACAACUUCCACCUAUAGCGAGCACAGGACUUCCUUUGAAUGUGCUGAGUAAAUCAGUAGCUGUAUGUGACUUUUAAUAAUAUAUAGCUACCUUCUAUUUCACAACUUCUUGCUGCAUGGAAAUUUCUUUUUAGUCUAGAUUUAGUACAACUGUGAGUUUUGAUCUUCUGUACAAUUUUAUGACAAGAAUUGUGAAGUAAUAUGGUAGUGGCCUCUCAUAGCCCUGGAAGACACCUUAGAAGUCCUAUAGUUAAAUUACUGGGGCCUAAAGAGCAGAUGUUAAUGUCAGUGUAUAACUUACGUUUAUAAAUAGAAUUUAAACCAUCAAAUGAAGGCCACUUUGUUGUGCGUAGGAGGAUUUUAGGAAACAAACUUGAUUUCCUCACCCAGGGAGUAUUGUAUCACUGGGAAAUAACCUUAUUGCAGUACAUGUGAAAGAUAAAAAUGGCCUUUUAUUUUUUCUAUUACUUUUUUUGUUUGGUUUGGUUUUUUAUUUAUUUAUUUUUUUGUUUGUUUUCCUGAGGGCUUCAGGAAAAUAAGUCAAGUGAAAUUGGAUCAAGAUUCCCCUGUGUGGGAAAUCUAGCUGACUUUUACCUAUGAAGUUGUCCUGUUAACUAAUCCAACAAAAUGUGGCAAUAGUCUUAUUUGCUAUUUCAAUAAAAAAUAUAUAUACAUCAAGUACUUACACGGUACAGGCUUUUAUUUCCCCUGGAACAAUUAUUAGGCAUAUAUAAGGAGUUAUGAAAAAUUGAAUGAUUAAAAGAAUUGGAGAAAGUAUAUCCAGUGUAUAUAUAUAUACUACCUUGCCAUGGUUGUACAGUCUAGUCACACCUCCUGCCAAGUUGGCCUCACAAGUAAAUCCUAGCAUAGUUAAUUUUGAAGUGAUUGUCUACCUGUAUUAGAAUACUGUUUUAUUGUGCACAGUUCCUAAACUUGCCCAUAAGUGUAUUGAACUUGUAACUUCAUUGUCAACAGUAAGGUACACUCAACCAAGUGAUGAUAAUGAGUGCCCUGAUUCCUGAAGAGUCUGGACUUAUCUAAAUCAAAAUUGUGCUCCAUUUUGAGCUUUCUUCUAACAGGUUGAGAAAAUGAUGCCACUUAUGGCUCUGGAAUUCAAUUCAGAAAGAAUCAGCAUGUCUAUCAGAAGCUGGAUUCAUGUAUUUUCUUAGAACGUAUUAAGAUUUAUUGGCGGGUUUUUGUUGUUUCUUUGUUUUCUUUUCUCAUGUAUAAAAGAGUGUCUAAGUUCUUCUUUUAAUUUUGGAAAUGAUAAAACUGGCUUUUAUGCAAGACAUCACUCUUUUUGUCUUGAACUCUACAAACUUCAAUUCUCUUUAUUCCAGUACAUCUAGGUGACUUUGUUUCAAUCCCCUUGUCUUCUGGGCACCUGAUCAAAUACCACUGUUUACUUCGAAAGGCAUGUAUUUUAUUCCUUCAAGUAAUCCAAAGGUAUUCCUCAUUUUGCCACUCCUAAUUUUCACUUCUCCUUUAAGGGCCCCACAAUGUGUUUCUCUUUUGAUAGUAUGCAAUAUUUAAUAUAUCUAGCUUUAGAAGUCAAACCCUUGUCUCAGCUUUGUUGGCCAUACUUUUCCCAUUCCUACUGUGAUACCAUGAUCCCGCCGGGAUCACAAGUUUUUCUUGUUUGUUCAGCCAUACUUGUCCCCUAUAACUGAAGCAAAACUUAGUCUAAGGUAGGAAUGUUAUUAUCAGAUUUUAAACACAUUACAUCUGAUUUAACCGAUUUAUGUUUGUGCGCAACUUGCGAAACUCCUGUUGAAUAGUUUAACCUAGUUUUCCUAAAAUAGAAAUUUUGUCCCCAGCAGCUGUUAUGAAAGGCAUUCUCUCUUGUCUUGUUCAUCAGAAAAAAAUCUUGCAGCUGUCAGAAACAUGUUCACUUUUGGAGAGACAGUAUUAAGAAGUAAUUUCCUUCUUCAUUUGGCUAGGUAUAGACUUGCCAUCUUUGACCAGAAACUGUGCUUGUUAUUUUUUGUUUUUCAUUUCACUGACGCUAUGCUGUUACUAGUGUACUUUCAUUCUUUUUACAGUUUUUAUCCUUUCCUCUGAUUUUCUUUAAAUUAAAAUUCUAUUGCUUCCUCUCCCUGUUCUGCCUCCAUUCCCCAUGCUCCCUACACAUAUACACAUGGUUCAUUUCAAGAAUAGCAGUGAUCUUGGUCAAGGUGUCUUUUCCUGCCUUCUAAAAUCAUGUUUCACAAAUCCUUUGUGGAAUAAUACCAAAAAGAAUCAACAUAUUUUAUUUAGCCAUUUUUGGGUAGAGGCAAAUUCAGUUUUUAGGAUUAGAUAGUGGUCAUGCGCCCAUUGUUCUCUUUAGCAAUCCCAACAAUGUUUGUCUCUUAACUUGUUUAUUAGUGCUUGAGUGUUUUGCAAAAAAAAUUGUAUAAGAAGUUAAAUAUUCUAGCACUAUUUCUGCAUAGCUUUGCUAUUUCUGUACAAUACAUUAUACUAAUUAUAAGUUGUCUGACCAGUGACUUUGAAUUAAUAACAGGUCUGAUUUCUAGAGUAGAUAUAUAUUUUUUUUGCACGUUUUAUCUCCUGGCCCAGUUUUGUGGAUGAUAUCUACUUUCUAAUGUAAAUUUACCCCUUUAAAAAUUGGGUUUUGACAAUAAUAGGAAAUAUUCUAAAAUCUGGGUGAGAAAGGUUAAAAAUGAACUGAAAGUAACUUGAGGAAUUCUUAAAGAUGGGAUAAAUCAGUUAUCAGGAGUUCUGAGUGUAAUAGGGGGGAUUUAAGGGGCAGAGAGGAGGGAGAUUUGUGCCCCUAUUCACAAUCUGCUGGUUCACUCCACCAGCCCAGCCAAAAAUUCAUUAAUAGCUCUCCUCCCCACCCUAUAAGUUUUAUGUGAAAAAUAGCUCAAAAUGAGGAACCAUUUUGAAUGCAAAUAUGGUAGUAAGAAAAUUAUAAUCCCUGUAUUUUAUAAUGUUUUAGGUUAUCCAAAUGCUUUACAAUGUGCUCAUUUUUUCUCCCCAACACUGAGGGUUGGACAGAUGUCCAAAUGUUCCCGUCUUACUGGUGGUGAACCUGCUGAUUGGCAAGAGUAGCAAAUGGCUUGCUCCAAGUCAUACACCAAGUCAACCCAUCUGAGACUAAAGCAUUUCAUAUCUGCAGACUGCUAAGUGCAUUUCUGCAUCAGGGCGUCUGGGUGCCUCAGUCAGUUAAGUGUCUGACUUUGGC